CCCCACCCCCCACACACAGAUGUCUACUCUUCUAGCGCACGAGCUCCAGCGGGUUUAAACAGCGAACACCGACUCCUCACUCACGCGACUCGGAUCUCUCCGUCGUGGCCGCCUCGCGCUUGUCCCUGAGCACUUACUACACAAACCUGAAGGUGCAUUCUGUAAGUUUGGGAUUUCCUUUUCCUUUUUUUUUUGUAUUUAUUUUUUGUAUUUUUUUUUUUUUUUAGAACCACUGUGGGUAAAAGGUAUAUCGAAAGAGUUGACUAAAAGGCUUAGAAGUAAGUAAAGAAGAAGCAACAAGCGUGAUGUGAACCAUCAGACUACAAAGGACUGCGACCUUUUGGACUUUUUGGACAAUCAAUGGGACACAAGGUGCAGUUUUCACUAGGCUAUUAGUAGUAGUAGUAACGCCUUACGCAGUAUUAUUAUUAUUAUCAUUCUUAUUAUUAGGAUUAUGAAUGGUACACGCACUGUCAUGGAGCUCAUCAACAGUCCGAGACCUUUGUGGUGAACAAACAGCAUCAUCUAGAUCUACAGUAUGAAGGUCUUAACGCUUUGCGACGGAGCGGCCUUCGCACUCCUGUGGAGCUGCCUCGGCUUCUUUCACAGCGUCCAGUGCGCAUUAGGAGACAACCAUGUCCACUCGAGCUUCGUUUACAGACGCUUGAGAAACCACGAGCGCAGAGAGAUCCAACGGGAGAUCCUCUCCAUCCUGGGUUUGCCCCAUCGCCCGAAACCCUUCUCUCCUUCAAAGCAGGCAUCCUCGGCACCUCUCUUCAUGCUCGAUCUGUACAACGCCAUGGCGACCGAGGAAGCGGAGGAGGACGCGCUGCUCGGGGACGCAGGCAAAGCGAUCAGUAUCAACUCAGUGGGGAAUUCGCGCAAAAGCCAGCACAGCGCUCCAUAUGGAUAUUCUCGCGCGCCCGUGGCCUGGACAAGUCAGAGUCCACCUCUGGCUACUUCACACGACGCAAACUUUCUGAACGAUGCCGACAUGGUUAUGAGCUUUGUGAAUCUGGUGGAGAGAGACAGGGAUUUUUCCCACCAGAGGAGACAUUAUAAAGAGUUCCGUUUUGACCUAACUCAAAUUCCGGAUGGGGAAGCUGUAACAGCAGCAGAGUUUCGCAUCUAUAAAGAUCACAGUCUUGGGAGAUAUGAAAACAUCACACUAAAGGUCUCCAUAUACCAGGUGAUCAAGGAAUAUCAAAACAGGGAUGCAGAGACAUUUUUGCUCGAUUCAAAGAAAAUCUGUGCCUCAGAUGGAGGAUGGCUGGUGUUUGACAUCACAGCCACCAGUAACCAUUGGGUGCUUAACCCACAGCAGAACAUGGGCCUUCAGCUCUGUGUAGAGACCAUGGACGGUCGAAGCAUCAACAUGAAAUCCGCCGGGAUCAUUGGCAGGAGCGGGCCACAAUCCAAGCAGCCUUUUCUUGUGGCAUUUUUCAAAGCCAGCGAAGUGUUGCUGCGCUCUGUAAGGGCCACAGGGGGAAAGAGGAAGAAUCCUAGCAGAAACAAAGGCAGAAGUCCACCAAAAACCUCACAGGCUUCCAGGAUUGGAGAUCAAAACAUCAGCGAACAGAAGCAGGCCUGCAAGAAGCAUGAGCUUUAUGUCAGCUUCCGCGAAUUAGGAUGGCAGGACUGGAUAAUUGCACCUGAGGGCUAUGCAGCAUUUUACUGUGAUGGAGAAUGCUCAUUCCCACUCAAUGCACAUAUGAAUGCAACAAAUCAUGCAAUUGUGCAAACUCUGGUCCAUCUCAUGUUUCCGGAUAAUGUGCCAAAGCCUUGCUGUGCACCAACCAAGCUGAACGCAAUAUCUGUGCUAUACUUUGAUGACAGCUCAAAUGUAAUUCUGAAAAAAUACCGCAAUAUGGUAGUCAGGUCUUGUGGGUGCCACUGAAGUUGCAAUAUGUUUGGGAGCUUUUUUUUUUUUUUUUUUUUGUGAACACACAUCAGCCCUUGUUUUGUGAUACAUCACAGUGUCAGUGGGAUUUAUACAUUAAGUUCAAUUCAUUAAGUUUAAUUGGAGACUCUAUAGUAAUAAUGCUGGAAUAAAACAUAUAUCAGAUAGAUAGUUUUGAGAUUUACAUUGAUGUACAGUGUUAUGUAUAUAUUAGCUCAUGAAUGUGCUUAUUUAUUUGGCUUUACUCUGAAAUAAUAGUAGACAUAUUGAAUAUUUACCACUUGCAGAUAAUACAUGCUCUUUCCUGAGUAUCUAUUUGAGACCAGUCAAGUAAGCAGCAGCUAUUAAUUGCCCCUUUGAUCAUGAACAAUAUUUCUGGUGAUUUUAAAAGCCGAUGUUUUGAUUUCCUUCAGACUUUACAUGCAUUUACGUUAGUAAUUUGAAUAAUAUAUAUAUUUUUUGCAAAACAUUUAUUGUAUUAGGACAAUGUUAAUGUGUUAUUAAAUAUGUUUUCAAAAAAUGCU